UUCAUACACUUAAAAAUUUUCCCUCUCGAAAACAAACCACAAACCCUCUGAAUUACUUUACUCCCGUAAUUUUAAUUUUGUAGCCAUGGAAACUCCUCCUUCUCCAAGAAAAACCAUUCCUUCAUUCACGAUCCCAGUUGAUUCUGAAAACAAAGCAACUCAGUUUCAUCCAUUUUCACUCACUUCUCCUCACAUGCUUGCCUUUCACCUUGCAUGGCUCUCUCUCUUCUCUUGUUUCUUCUCCACCUUCUCCAUCCCUCCUCUCAUUCCCAUCAUCCGUGAAGACCUCAAACUCUCCCAAGCAGACAUCGGCGCCGCCGGCAUCGCCUCCUUUGUGGGCUCCAUCUUCUCCCGCCUCGCCAUGGGACCCGUUUGCGACAUGGUGGGCCCACGCAUAGCCUGCGCCACGCUCUCUCUCCUCACUGCACCCAUCGUUUUGGCCACCUCUUUAGUCUCUUCACCAACCUCCUUCAUUCUCAUUCGCUUCCUUAUGGGAUUUUCUCUGGCGAACUUUGUAGUAAACCAGUUCUGGAUGAGUUCCAUGUUCUCCGGCUGCGUUGUCGGCCUUGCCAACGGAGUCUCCGCCGGGUGGGCCAACACGGGUUCCGGGUUGGCCCAGUUAGUCAUGCCACUCAUAUUCACAGCUAUCUCCCACUUCAACGUGCCGUCAUUCACUGCAUGGCGUCUCGCCUUUAUUGUUCCUUCAAUGUUCCAAGCUUUAACGGCCAUUUUAGUCUUAAUUUACGGCCAAGACCUGCCGUCCGGAAACUACAAAGAGUUCAAGAAGACAAGAAAUAACUCAAAAGAAGGAGAUGAUAACUUUCUCCACGUUCUUUUCAACGGUUUGAAGAAUUACAGAGGGUGGAUACUGGCUUUAACGUACGGAUACAGUUUCGGGGUGGAGUUGACGAUUGAUAAUAUUAUAGCGCAGUAUUUUUAUGAUAGGUUUAACGUGAAUAUUCAGAUGGCCGGGACGAUUGCGGCGACUUUCGGUUUGGCGAAUUGGUUUUCGCGGCCGAUGGGCGGGGUGGUUUCGGACGCGAUGGGGAGGAGUUUCGGGAUGAGAGGGAGGCUGUGGGGGUUGUGGGUGGUGCAGACGGUGGCUGGGUUGCUGUGUGUGUCACUCGGACGAGUUAGCUCGCUCUGGAGUUCUAUUGUUGUCAUGUGUGUGUUUUCUGUGUUUGUUCAAGCCGCUUCUGGCCUCACGUUCGGCGUCGUUCCUUUCGUUUCCAAAAGGUCACUGGGAGUGAUAUCGGGAAUGACUGGGAGCGGCGGGACGGUGGGGGCAGUCGUCACCCAGAUGCUGUUAUUCUCGGGCUCGGAGUUUUCUAAGCAAACAAGCAUUUCCCUAAUGGGGCUUAUGAUGAUUAUUUGCACUCUCCCCCUCACCUUCAUCUACUUUCCUCAGUGGGGUGGUAUGUUUUGUGCUCCUUCCUUGGAUCCAAAUUCGGCCGCUUAUCAAUACCACCUGCUCCAGUAGAGAAAGUUUUCAAUGAAACAAAUGUAUUACCUCAUUUGUACAUUCAUUCAAUAAAAUUCUUUAACAUGUAUAUUCAAGAUUUUCUCACUCUAACAAGAUUCUGUUUCUCAAGAAAUUGAGGAAAUAAUUGAAUUUUGAUCAUCCAAAAAGAGUAUCAUUAUCAUAUUACAACACUGAAGUUCUAAGGUACUAAAAAUCAGAUAGCCCGCAAACUGCUACAAAGUGAAGGAUAGCGUUUAUGGGAAGAGAAGAAGUUAGUUCCACGAAAAUUGCUU